AUGGAAGUAUUAAAGUUGAAGGCAGAACCUUUUUCUGGUGAUGAGCAGGAUUCUUUGUUGGAUAUCAAAUUGGCAAAGAAUGAAGAAGAAACUUUUCCCAUAAGUAAUAAUAUAAAGACCAGUGUGGACAUCUCUUGUGGAAGUCACUUUCCUUGUCAUCAUGUUUUAAGACAGGAAGAUCCAUUUCCAGAAGUAGUCAAAUCCUCAAAACCAAACAGUGCUGUAAGUGGAAAAACAAGUUUAAACAGAAAUGACCUAACACAAUCUGACGUACCUCAGAAUGGUGAUAAACAGUACAGUUGUGAACAUUGUGGAAAACAAUACGAAACAAAUAGCAGGUUAAAAAUACAUCAUAGAAUACACACUGGGAAGAAGCCAUAUGGUUGUGCAAAUUGUGGAAUACAACUUCAAACAAAUAGUGAAAUGAAAAUACACCAGAUAACUCAUACUGGAGAGAGAUUACACAGUUGUGCAGUUUGUGGAAAACAUUUCGUAACAAAAUGGAAACUAAAACAUCAUGAGAAGAUACACACUGGGGAGAAACCAUACAGUUGUGUAGCGUGUGGCAAAAAAAUUAUAUCAAACUACGACAUAAAAAUGCAUGAGAGAGUACACAUUGGGGAGAAACCAUACAAUUGCCUAGUGUGUGGCAAAAGAUUUAAGUAUAGCUCUACAGUAAAUAUACAUAUGAGGAUACACACUGGAGAAAAGCCAUACAGUUGUAUAAUAUGUGGCAAAAAAUUUAGAACAAGUGGUGAACUGAAAUAUCAUGAAAGGAUACACACUGGGGGGAAACCGUACAUUUGUGUAGCAUGUGGCAAAGAAUUUAUAACAAGUACUGAACUGAAAAGACACCAGAGAGUACACACUGGGGAGAAACCGAACAUUUGUGAAGUGUGUGGCAAAGAAUUUGGAGCAAUGGGUAGCCUAAAAAGACAUGAGAGAGUACACAAUGGGGAGAAACCGUACAUUUGUGAAGUAUGUGGCAAAGAAUUUGGAGCAAUGGGUAACCUAAAAAGACACGAGACAUUACACACUGGAGAAAAAACCAUACGGUUGUAUAUGGUGUGUGAAAAUGACCUCAAGCAAAGAUACGACACAGCUGCAGACUUCGCUUUAAAGAUUCGUAUGCCCUCUGCACUAGCAUUUAUUCCUACAGACCAAAUUGCAGAGAUGUUCAACUUUCUUAUUGGUGAAAACAUUUUUCCACCCGAAGCUCAACCUGCGAUUGAUUAUUUUGAGGAUACUUGGAUUGGACGUCCUGAUUGA